CACGUCACACCGCAUCACCGCAUCGCAUCCCAUCGCACGACGAGUGAGGGAAGCUAGGAGCGAACCAAGGGGAGGGAAGAGAAGAUGAUCGCGUUGUGGGUUGCUGCCUGCAGCCUGCUGUCGUGGUGUUCGUCGCUCUCGGGAGUCCAAGGAAUUGGAGUCAACUAUGGCAUGAUGGGCAGCGACCUCCCGUCCCCGGACAAGGUGGUCGCGCUGUACAAAGCCAACAACAUCACCGACGUCCGCAUCUUCCACCCGGACACCAACGUCCUCGAGGCCCUCCGCGGCUCAGGCCUCGGCGUCGUCCUCGGCACGCUCAACAGCGACCUCGCCCCGCUCGCCUCCGACGCCUCGUACGCCGCGUCAUGGGUGCAGUCCUACGUCCAGCCCUUCGCCGGCGCCGUGAGCUUCCGCUACAUCAACGCCGGCAACGAGGUCAUCCCGGGGGAGUCCGCCGCUCUGGUGCUCCCCUCCAUGCAGAACCUCGAGGCCGCGCUCCGGGCCGCGGGGCUCAGCGUGCCGGUCACGACGGCCAUGGCGACGUCGGUGCUCGGGACCUCGUACCCGCCGUCGCAGGGCGCGUUCUCGGAGGCGGCGCUGCCGACGGUCGGGCCGAUCGUCUCCUUCCUGGCGUCGAGGGGCACGCCGCUGCUCGUGAACGUGUACCCGUACUUCGCCUACUCGGCGGAGCCGUCCUCGGUGCCGCUCGACUACGCGCUCCUGUCGUCGUCGGCCGCGGUCGCGGUGACCGACAACGGGGUGGAGUACGCCAACAUGUUUGACGCCAUCUUGGACGCGGUGUACGCGGCCGUGGAGAAGGCCGGGGGCGGGGAGAGCCUGGAGCUGGUGGUGUCGGAGACCGGGUGGCCAUCGGGCGGCGGCGGGUACGGCGCCAGCGUGGAGAACGCGGCGGCGUACAUCAACAACCUGGUCCGGCACGUGGGGCGCGGCACGCCGCGGCGGCCCGGGAAGGCCGUGGAGACGUAUAUCUUCGCCAUGUUCAACGAGAACCAGAAGCCGGAGGGCGUGGAGCAGUACUUCGGGAUGUUCCAGCCGGACAUGAGCCAGGUCUACCACGUCGACUUCUCGGCAUCGUCGUAGAAGACGCCUGGCUGCUGCAUGGACCACGCAUAUGCAUCGAUCAUCCAUUAGUUAGGAAGUUAUUGGGUAGGACCGAUUCUGUUUAUUUGAGCUUCUCCAUCUCUCAUUAUCUCUCGAGAAGUACUACUACUUAGUAUACCAUUAUUGCUUCAGACAUGUUACCAAAUAUAGUUGAAACAAAACAUUGAUGAUAUAUAUGUUCUACCUCA